AUGAAUACUAAGAUUGCACUGGCGAUGAAUUGCACAGGUUCAUCUUCACCUGAUAUUCGAGGUCAUUUCAGAAACCCAAAACAAGCACAGCAAAAACAUCACUGGUGGUGGACUGCAAAUAUGAUAUUCGAAAACGUAUUAAAUCCUAUAAGGGAAUAUGAAGGAGUUGUUGUAUUUUUAAAUGAUAAUAUAUAUAUUUUGAAAGAUUUUUUGUACAUGCUUUUAUACAUGAAUAAAAUAUCACAUAAUCUGGGUAACUGCGAAUUCUUAACACUCGAGAGAGCGACUUUUUCUAAUUUAGCGAAUGUUAAUGGCUUAGAACUUAUUACCUGGGAUCCAAACUACGAGCCAAGUGUUUUAGCAUUCGAUAUGAAUGUUUGGAAUAAAAUAAUUUCCAAUUACGAUAUAUUUUGUACUGUCGAUGAUUAUUCUUGGGCUCGAUCAUUGCUCUACGUAUCAUUAAAACAAAAAGAGGGGUCGCAGUUCAAGAUAAUGUCAAGUAUGUUUCCAAGGGCUUACAAGACAGAUUCGUGUGAAUUCAAUAGAAUUUUAAAACACUGUGAUGUAAUAGAAAGCGUUUAUCAUAUACUACAACUACAGAGAAAGCUCAAAGAAUCUCUGUUCCCUACGCAAUUGGAAGUAUAUGUUUACAUUCAGAAUGAAGAUGAUUCUUUAGUCAAUGAUUACAGCGAAGGCUACGGUGGCUGGAAUGACCCAAGAGACAUGGAUUUGUGCGAGAAUUUCACUUUGUCAAAAAUAAAAAAAAUUGUUAUGGAAAUGAGAAACUAG